GGUACUUAGAAGCAUUCGGAGCGCGCCGCGUUCCGUACGUCCGUAGAAUAGUUUCAGCUCUCUUUUUGUGCGAAGCUAGCGGAUUGAUUUGUAAUUGAAAAGUGUAAGCGCAUUAUUUCAAAAUGGAGGGCGACAUUUGGGGUCAAAUGGCUAUUGAAGCCAAUCAAAUGUACCUGGACGAUGGUAGUUCAUCGCCGUUUGCCGGCACGACAAUUGAAAAGCUACCAGAUAAAGUUCUACUAAACAUCUUUUCGUAUUUAAGUCACCGGGAGAUUUCUGGCUUAGCAACCAUUUGUAAAAAAUGGCGUCUUGUUGCAUACGACAGUCGUUUAUGGAAGUAUGUUUCUCUGCGACCGGAAAUCUCUGGCCUUCAUGUUGGAUCUUUAGAAUCGUUGCUUGCAUUGGUUUCUGUUCGAUUUGGACCUUCUUUGCGGUACAUUGAGCUACCAAUCGAAUUGAUCACAGCUACAGUACUUCAUGAAUUGGCUAAUAAAUGUCCCAACUUGACACAUAUGUUGUUGGACUUUUCUACCGCCAUGCAACUUCAUGACUUUUCUGAACUACAAGCUUUUCCUACCAAAUUAAAGUAUUUGUGUAUCUGUUUGUCGGAAGUCAUCUUCAUGGAAGGUUUCAUGAGAAAAAUCUACAACUUUAUCAAUGGUUUGGAAAUAUUACACCUUCUUGGUACCUACGAAAAAGUUGAAGAAGAAGAGGAAGAAAUCUAUGAAGUUAUUAAUGUGCAUAAGAUGAAAAGCGCAACGCCCAACUUGAGAGUUAUCAAUCUGUACGGGAUUAACUUUGUUGAUGACAGCCAUAUUGAUGCCUUUGGUUCCAAUUGCAUUCAGUUGGAAUGUUUGGCUGUUAAUUUCUGCGCUAAAGUAAACGGAUCUUGUAUGAAGACUCUUUUUCAACGUAACAGAAGACUUAAGUGCCUGCUAAUGAACGGUACCAGUUUGCAAAGUGAACACCUCAUGCAAGUUGAAUGGGAAAAGUGUUCUCUGCAAGAGUUCGACAUUACUGCAACUGACUUAAGUACAGAGUGUCUCAUUGACAUGUUGACAAGACAUCCAGGUUUGAGAUUCUUUAGUGCUGGACAACUGAAUGGCAUGAAUGAUUCUGUGUUAAAAGCUUGGAUGGAACAAGGAAAUCCUAAAAAUCUUGUGGCGUUAGAUUUGGAUAGCUCUGAUAAUUUAACAGAUGACGCCCUGUAUAAGUUUUUGUCCAAACAUGGAAGUCAAUUGUGGGGAUUGGGUCUUUCUGGAAUGGCGCAUAUCACAGAUUCUCUAUGGCAGUCAAUUUUACCCAUCUUAAAGAAUGCUAAAAUAUUCAUAAUGGGUACUCAAGAACGUCUCAUUGGUAACAUCUUAGUAGAUCAACUAAUGGAAAGCAUUUCCAAUAAUUGUCCCUUAAUGGAACGUAUUGAAUUACGUUGGGACCCGGAGAACUUACGUUUCUCUGAUAAGAGUCAAAAAGCGAUUGACACCAUGCGUGUGAAAUGUUUAAAAUUGAAAGCAUUAGUACUCACGGAUGGGCGUUAUUAUGAAAUUGUCAAAGCUAAUUUUGAACGUGCUGACAGGAUGACAGUGGUGCGAACAUUGACCAAUUGCCGAGUAUCGAACUACUAUUUAUUGCAAAAUUAUAAGGAGUUUUUCUUUAAUUAACAUUUUCAAUACAUACUUAACAUUAACAUUUAGCCCUUUGCUUUAAAUGAAUGUUUAAUUUAAUACUAUAUAUAUAUGUAUAUUUCUAAUGGAAGGCACAGGUGAUGACAAAUAAAUUUACGAUCAAA